AUGCCUCUCAACUCACUUCCGCCCGAAUUGACUGUCACUAUCUUCGAGCUGCUGGACCCUUUCUCAUGCUUCGACUUCGCGCUCACCUGCAAAGCUCAUUGGAACCUCAGCAACAUCCUCCUUCAGAAGCACCAGCGACUAUUCGCCGAAAAUCGUGUAAUCGAUGCCAGAGACUCGGCAUACCCAUAUCAAAACCACGUCCUAUGGGACAAGUUGAAAGAGAUAUUGGACAACCCGGUCGUUGGGGAGUACGUCCGCGAGAUCAGUUUACCCAGCUCUCGCGCGACAUAUUUAGAUGGAAACGCAUCACAUGAUUUCCAGCUCACCGCCCAGAGUGCACGACUGCCACAAGAAGACUUUGGUCGAUAUGCUGUGGCGGGUCACCAGAUCGAAGAACUAUAUGAGUCGGCGAACAUAGGUCUCACACCUAAUGGCAGCACCUGGGACGAAUGGGUUUCGAAAGGUUCUUCUGAGCCAAUUGUUGUAAUGCUUGUGCAUCACAUGCGCUACCUCAAGACGUUCCGCUUUACGGAUCUGGAGAUGAGUGCAGUCUUCAUGAGAUGUCUAUGCGCUAUUGCAGUGUCAUACGGCGCCUCCGGCAACCCUGCACUUGCUCCGAAACUACCCCUCCAGCACCUUACAACGGUAGCAGUUGCGCACUGGGAUACCGAAAUGUCGUGUGACUUCGACUGGUGCAUAAUCUUCUGCGCUAUACCUAGCGUGCGCAACUUCAUAACGCAUGCUAUGGGGGGCGAUGAUGUCGGGCCCAGUCUUUUUCAACCUGGGUCAUUACCAAAUUCGAAUGUCAGGGAGCUGGUAUUUCAUUACUCGCGUUUCGGCACAUCUGCCCUUGUAGCAAUCCUGGAAAACACACCAUUUCUGGAAAGAGUAAGCUAUGAAAUUGCUAGUACAACUGUGGAUGAAAGUGUGAUGCCUACACCAAGGCAAGAUCUGAAAGCUCUUGUGGAGCAUGUCGGCCACUCAUUGCAGCAUCUUGUCCUUGAGAUUCUUGAUUAUGGCUACGAGGAAUUUGAAGACGAUCUUUCACAAGUGUCGCUGCGCGGAUUCCAGAAGCUCAAAACCCUGCGAAUCGACUGGCGCUUCCUUUGGCCUGUGGACAUGGUUUCAUUUUCUGAAGAGGAGAAGUCCGAUGGUGGCUUUUAUGAGGAAGAGCCGAAUGCGAACAACGACUUCGACCCACGAAGUCUGCUUCCAGCGUCGCUCGAAAAGCUCUAUCUCACUGGUUCUUUCACCAAGGAGGAAAAGGAGGAAGUGUCUAAGAUUCGAGAAGGGCCCAGCGAAUUCACGCCGUUGCUGAACAACAUAAACAUCAGAGAUACGUCGGUACGAUUCGAGGAUGAGGAUGUCCCGGGAAUCCAUGCAAAUCCGCUGAUGAAAUAUCUAGAGGGACAGGGGUGA